GAGAGAAGAAUCAAGGCUCUGUGUGUGGCAGUUACUCCUCAUUUAAGGAGCAGUCCAGCUGACGAACCAUGUAGUUUUUACACUGCCAUGUUAAUUAAUGUUAUCUUUAAGGGGGUAGAAUAGCAGGGGUGUGAUGUGUUUGAUGCCCUGAAGUCAAUUGUCAGCCUGGUUUAUUCGUGAGUUUGAUUGCGCGACUAAGGCAGGUGCUUCAAAAUGGAGUUGAGCAGAAGGAAAGUCCCUCUCUAUGGCCAGGCUAAGGUGUUUGCGUUAUUGGAGGGGCUGGAUUCAACGCUGGAAGAUGCAGAAGUCUACAUUGUUCUAGAAGGAUCCACAUUGGUGCAUGUCACCAAGGCUCAGAGUGACGUCAUGCUCUACUUCAUAGUGCCUGGACAUAACCUCGCUGAGGUGGUCUCUGUGCAGGCCUAUCUCUGCUCCGAAACCACGCCUCUCACCUGGGUGGGCGGAGCAAUGUUGGAGUAUAUUCAAGAUGAUGCUCAGGAUCUGGCUGAGUACUUGGUUACGCAUAGUGUGUGCUCAAUGGAUCACACAGAGUUGAGCAGCCUCUUCAACCUGGGACAACAGCGCAGCAGCUGGGCUAUGGAUCGACGUGUAGCCCUCGCCAUGGCCAACCUGGAUAUACCCCCAAACUGGAAUAUACUUGGGAGCCCCAGAAGAGAUGAUCACAGCCCUAAAGAGUCUCUUCUCCACCUUGCUGUGCGAUGGGGUCUGUGUCGACUGGCCGAGUUACUGCUCUGUCAGCCAGGGGGUCUGAUGGCUAUCCGUCUUCCAAACAAGGAGGGGGUCACGCCGCUGCAGCUGGCACACUCAUCAGGCAACAGCGAACUCCUGGAGCUCCUCAUGCACCCACCCAACCCUCUAGCCACACCUCCUGCAGGACUAUCUCAGGUCUGGGCAGACCGAUCUCGCUUGCUCAGGUACUGUCAUGAUUCGGGAAAUCUAACGCUGACUGUCCGGCAAAACCUGAAAUUGAGCUCAGAGGAUAGUCGCCAUGCUGACAUCCUGUUGCUCAGAAGAAAAAUUAGAGAUGCCAACUUCCUCAGAGAGGUUAAAGCACUAAAAAGAGAUCACAAUGAGACGUUUUUUGGCAAGGAACAAUUGGUGGAUGAUCCUGCAGAAAAUGGACUUUUUCCGGUUGUCAAUGGAGUAAAUUCAAGUGCAGAUGAUGAAGACUACGAGGAACCGCUAAUGUUUUGCCUGAAUCAGGAAGACCAAGAGGGCGAGCUGUUGCAGUCUGACUGCGAAAAGAGCCAGUCGAUUGGAGAAAGCCAGGCCUCAUCCCCGACUCUGGCUGCUGCUGCCAGGCUGUCAGCAAUGAUUCACGGCAAAGAUAGAGGUUAUACCAACGCCAUGUUAGUAGACCAGGUGGAUGACACUGACAUAAAAUACCGCUCUUGCCCAGCACCUGAUGUUGGCAGCCCCUGCUGGGACUCACUCUCCAUUUCGCUCACUGACUCUAUGACCUAUUCCAAAAAUCAGCACCCGCCUUCAACCCAAAACCCAGGCCUGGAGAAUUCCAAAGAACUGCCCUGUCAGGUCUCUCCCUCUUCUCCUUUUGCUACCACCCCAUCUUUCCCAUCCUCCCCAAUGGCUUCUGCCUUCCAUUGGUUUGAGGGAGGACACAAGCAACACACUCCAUCCGGCCUUUCAACCUCUCCUAACUUGAACCACAGAGGAUGCAACUUGACAGUGGCUAACCGUGGACUGAGCCCAAGCCUUGAGUGUGACAGUGGAGAAGAGGACAUACUGGGACGUUCCUAUCCAUGCUCAGCUAUGAAGCUGCUGUCCAACUCCCCAAAUUUGAACCACUCCCACUCUGAAAGCCUGCACAAGUCCACAGAGAACACAGAAGACGCUGAGGUCCGUCUACGCUCGUAUUCAUACUCCUCCCCCAAAGCAAGGCCAUCACGCCCAUUGCCAAACAGAGAAGCCACCAUCACUGACCUGCCAGAAGAGCAGAGCGUGCUGAGCCUGACAGAGACUUCAAAAGAAAAGAGGGUUUUGGGUUUCCGUAAGCGGGCCCAGUCAUCAGAGGAAGAGAGCAGCGCAUCACUCCAACACCUCACCCUCACAGAGUUCCUUAAAGAGAUUGAAGAUGAGGAAUGGGACAAAUACAUAAUCCCAUCAAAAGUCGAGUCGGAGAAGUACAAAGUGAGCCGGACCUUUAGUUUCCUCAAGAGCAGGAUGUCGAGCACUCGUAACAAAACAAAGGUGAAAGGGAAAGAGGUAAAGGAUGGAAAGGAGAAGACAGUAGCCACCAAUGGGCACCAGUUUGUUUCUCCAUCUCCAUCUGGUCCUACUGCAUGUGUGGCCUGUGAUAAGUCUGUUUCUGGGAAGGAAUUGCUGCAGUGCUCCAAUUGCUUCCUAAAUGUUCACAAGAACUGUCGAGAGUCUGUACCCCCAUGCGGAAAGAAGCUGCCGGAGAGGAAUGCAUUACUGGUGAAAAGCAAGACCUUGUCUCUCCCACAGACCUCUGUAAAAGACAACACUUCUUCCUACCCGCUGGCGUCCUCAUCAGUUUGUAUAUCUUCCUCACCUACGAUGACAACCAAAGACAAGAAAGAAACACUCACCCCUCUGUCGAGGAGCCUCUCUAUCUCUAUAGAAAGCAGACGCCUGAGUGACACGGCAGGGGUGGAAGUUGAUGCCAUUGCGACGUCUUACAUUAACAGCUCACUAACUGAUGAGGGAACUCCAGUUACGGUGACUCUUCCUCCAUUGGACCCGCCGAUCACCUCACAGGAUGCUGUAGAUGCUCCACUACUGAGUGAUCUAUCAGCUGACCUGCUGGGACUGGACACAGAGUCAUGGAGUCUCACUGUUAGCCCAGAGUUCUGCCGGCAGCAUGACAGACGCACCAUCAAGAGGCAGGAUGUCAUUUAUGAACUAAUGCAGACGGAGCUGCACCACAUCCAAACACUGACAGUCAUGUCCGAAGUAUUCCGAAGAGGCAUGCUGGAGGAGCUGCAGUUAGAUUGGGACAGUGUUGCCCGGAUAUUCCCAUGCUUGGAUUCACUGUUGCUCUUCCACAGGAACCUAUUUGGGUCUUUGCAAGAGUGCAGACAGGCUUCCACCCAACCUGAGAACCAGAGAAAUUACCUCAUACACCAAAUUGGAAACAUCUUGCUUCACCAGUUCUCAGAUGAAAAUGCAGAGAAGAUGAAGCAAGUAUAUGGGGACUUCUGCAGCCACCACAUGGAAGCUGUCAACGUAUUCAAAGAGCUUCAGCAGCAGAACAAGAAACUCCAAAACUUUGUCAAACAACAGAGUAAUAACUUACUAGUCAGGCGAAGAGGAGUUCCAGAAUUCAUCCUUUUGGUCACCCAGCGAAUCACCAAGUACCCAGUGUUGUUGGAGAGGAUAUUACAUUACACCCAAGAAGGAAGUCAAGACCACGCUGACUUGUCAAGUGCUCUGGCUCAGAUCCGUGACAUUAUUGCAGCAGUGGACUUGACAGUAAGCAAAUAUGAGAAAUGUCAGGAACUGCAGGAAGUGCUUGCCCGGCUUGAGAAUAAGAGCUUUGCCAAACUAAAGAAUGGCAAGGUGAUUCGCAAGCAAGAGCUGCACAGUAAACACAGAGAGCUACAGAAUAAGGGGCUGCUGUACUGGAAGACUGCCACAGGGCGCCUUAAAGAUACACUAGCCCUCCUACUCACAGAUGUUUUGGUUUUCCUGCAAGAGAAAGAUCAACGCUUUGUAUUUGCAGCAGUGGACCAGAAGCCUCCAGUGAUCCCGCUGCAGAAACUCAUUGUUAGAGAAGUAGCCAAUGAGGAGCGAGGGAUGUUCCUAAUCUCUGCUUCUUCAGCCGGGCCGGAGAUGUAUGAAAUUCACGCCACCACCAGAGAAGAGAGAAACGCUUGGAUGAAACAUAUACGACAAGCUGUGGAGAGUUGUCCAGAGGAAGAGGAGGAGGAGGAGCACGGUGCAGAAUUAGAGGAGGCUAAGCGAGCAGCAGAAGCGAAGGUUCAGAAAAUCUCAAAGUUUCGGGAGACACUGUUAGGUCAGGAUCAACGCAUCUGCAACAGCUUGGAGGAGAAGUUACAGUUGUAUGCUGAGCUCACCCACUUAAGCUUGCACUCUCCUGAAGCCUUACCACAUCGCCAUCUGCUGGUACAACCACACAUUGACAGGGAUUCUCCAAGACGGGCCUCAACACUGCUCACAGCCGCACUCAGAGAAGCAGAGAACCUGAUUACCUUUCUGCAGGCUAAUGAUGGCCUUCCUUCACGAUCUGGGGACUCUCCGAUCCAUGGGCAGGAGGGUUGCAGCUACAAUAGUCACGGCAACAGCAUCCAAGAUUUUCCCUCUGAGCCGGAUUACCUGAGCACACUCAGUAUGAGCUCCACUUCUCUGGGAUCAGACAGUGAGGGAACAGACGGUAUGUUGUGGAGCUCUGCUACAACACAAAAGAAAGGAAACGCCAAAGAAACACUCUUCAAGGUGGCAGAGAGUGUCCAGAGUCUGACCCAGCUUCUUUAUAGUCUGCAGGCAACAGUGACCCUGCAGGACAGCUGUCUCGAGAUCCAAAAAAUUGUCCUUCAUGGGGGAGACAAAUCUCAACUCAAAACCCUCACUUCCCUCCAAAACACCCUGGAUCAGGAGAGGCAGAAGGGCACUGAUAAGAAGAAAGAGGAAGUUGAAAAGAAGAGUUUAGAGAGGAAGAAGGAGGAGGUAGAUGAGGUGCAGAAACUACACGUGAAACUGAAGCACCAACAGCAGCGCUGGGACAAAGAGUGUCUGGCCAGAGAGAAACAACAGAGUGAACAAGAAAGCGCACUGGAGCAGCGUGAGAAGCGCUGCAUCCUGGAGGCAGAGAGGCUGCGCUACGAGAGAGAGGAGUUGGAGGCUCAGAUGCUGGAGUAUCGCAGCAAUCUGGACCGACUCCGCGACGGUCAGAAGAGCGUGGACCGAGAGAAGGAGAGGAUCCAAGUCCAGCAGAGGCUCCUCCAGAGCUGGAGACACAACCGGCAGAGCAGCCUACCCGCUACCAUUCCACUGGAUGGAUACAAGGUGUCGAGUCACAGUCGCUCAGGCAGCUUGGACACCAACUGUUGGACGUAUGAGAAUGAUGACGCUCUGCUGGCGUCCCUCCAAAAGACCCAGGCCGUCCACCACAACAACAACCCGCACCAGUAUCUUCGCUCGACCCCGAGGCCCAACCAUGACGUCGCCAGCUAUGGGGCGGAUCUUAGCCUUAGCGCCAGCCUCUACAACAGCCUCAACGCCCUGCUGAGCCAGGCGCACGAAAAACAACCACAGGAUUGCCUGGCGCACACGAACUACUCGAAGAACAAUGGUUGCAGCCGUCCUUUGAAGGAGUCUGUGCAUCCCUUCAGCAGCAAAGUCCCAGCGCAGCCACAGAUCACCAGCAAGCAUUUCAGUCCACAGUUGGACCGCCAUUCCUCGGGGGCCUGGAGGCCGGAGGUCACAAGUCAAGAACAUUACGAAAAUAACUACUGCUCCUCUCCCUCCCUUACCCCACUCCUGUCCCCACAGUCCUACCUCUCUCUCGAAGGACAUCUCAGAGAGGAUGGAGGCGAGGAGAACAUUGUUUACCUCUGAGGAAGCUUUUUGACAUAAAACUGUGGAUAAUCAUGAGGGAAUAUGUACUGUACAGUGGGGCAAAAAAGUAUUUGGUCAGCCACCGAUUGUGCAAGUUCUCCCACUUAAAAUGAUGACAGAGGUCUGUAAUUUUCAUCAUAGGUACACUUCAACUGUGAGAGACAGAAUGUGAAAAAAAACGUCCAGGAAUUCACAUUGUAGGAAUUUUAAAGAAUUUGUUUGUAAAUUAUGGUGGAAAAUAAGUAUUUGGUCAACCAUUCAAAGCUCUCACUGAUGGAAGGAGGUUUUGGCUCAAAAUCUCACGAUACAUGGCCCCAUUCAUUCUUUCCUUAACACGGAUCAAUCAUCCUGUCCCCUUAGCAGAAAAACAACCCCAAAGCAUGAUAUUUCCACCCCCAUGAUUCACAGAAGGUCUGGUGUUCUUGGGAUGCAACUCAGUAUUCUUCUUCCUCCAAACACGACCAGUUGAGUUUAUACCAAAAAGUUUUAUUUUGGUUUCAUCUGAGCACAUGAUAUUCUCCCAGUCCUCUGCUGUAUCAUCCAUGUAUCCAUUUAGGUAUAAACUCAAUUCGUCAUGUUUGGAGGAAGAAG